CUAAAUCACUCAAACUCGAUCUGGUGAAAGAACCCUAAUUUAGAAACAUCUAAAAAGCUAUGGAUUUGAUCUCUCAAAACCACCACAGCAGAAACCCUAAUACCAGUCUCUCAACGCAAACUCCUUCUUCCUUUUCUCCUCCACCAUCCCCUAGCCGCUACGAGAACCAGAAACGCCGUGACUGGAACACUUUCUGCCAAUACCUCAGAAACCACCAUCCGCCGCUCUCUCUAGCUUCUUGCAGCGGUGCACACGUCCUCGAUUUUCUGCGUUACCUUGACCAGUUCGGCAAAACCAAAGUCCACCACCAAAACUGCGCCUUCUUUGGCCUUCCAAAUCCACCGGCUCCUUGUCCUUGUCCUCUCCGACAAGCCUGGGGCUCACUCGACGCCCUCAUUGGUCGUCUCCGUGCAGCCUACGAGGAGAACGGUGGAGCUCCUGAGUCUAGCCCUUUUGGCUCACGGUCCGUCAGGAUUUUCCUCAGGGAGGUUAGAGAUUUCCAGGCUAAAUCACGUGGCGUUAGCUAUGAGAAGAAGAGGAAAAGGGCCAACAACAAGAAAAUAACUCAGUCGCAACCGCCUUUACCACAGCAGCCGCAGCAGGAGCAAGGUCUAGUCUAUGAUGGCUAAUUACCAUCAUGGUGCAACUCAUUAAUAUCGUAUUACUUCCAUAUAUGUAUGCUCGUAUCUAGCUACUUAUACGUACCAUGCAACCUUUGUAUUUGUGUCAUGCAAUCCCUAUUUUCCUCCAUUAUCCACUGUUAAUUUAUGUCAUUGUUUCUUAAUUACACCUAUUGUUUUGUCUUUUCUUAUAAUCAAUAAGUGAAAUGAAC